AUGGACAUAUAUGGUGUGUUGUAUCCCUGAAGACUGCUGAGUGAGAGGAUAGGGUCUCCUUAUUACGACAAUGUCCGCCCGCUCUCCUACCCAGAUUCUGAUGCUGUCCUGAUUUGCUUUGACAUCAGUCGGCCAGAAACUCUUGACAGUGUGCUAAAAAAGUGGAAAGGGGAAAUCCAGGAGUUCUGUCCCAACACCAAAAUGCUGUUGGUUGGUUGCAAGUCAGACCUGCGCACAGAUGUCAGCACACUGGUGGAGCUUUCCAGUCACAGGCAGACACCCGUGUCCUAUGAUCAGGGUGCAAAUAUGGCCAAGCAGAUUGGAGCAGCUACGUAUAUUGAAUGCUCAGCCUUACAGUCAGAAAACAGUGUCAGAGACAUUUUCCAUGUUGCCACCUUGGCGUGUGUGAAUAAAACAAACAAGAAUGUGAAACGAAACAAAUCGCAGAGGGCAACAAAGAGGAUUUCACACAUGCCUGGCAGGCCAGAACUUUCCACAGUGGCCACGGACUUGAGAAAGGACAAAGCAAAGAGUUGCACUGUCAUGUGA